AUGUCGCAGCUCGAACUAAAUCAAACUCCAUCUGAAGAACUGACAUUGCGAGCACGUGGAUAUAAGAUACUACGGAAAUUGGGAGAGGGUUCUUUCGCCAAGGUGUUCCUAGCUGAAUACACUCCAAGUAAUGAACCCGAGCAGAGUAACCCCCUGGCUUGUAAAAUCGUGGACACGUCGAAGGCACCCAAGGAUUUUGUUAAAAAAUUUCUUCCCCGAGAGUUGGAUAUUUUAGCGAAAUUGAACCAUCCCCACGUGGUCCAUGUACACAGCAUUUUUCAAAGACGAUGUAGGUACUUCAUCUUCAUGAGGUUCGCUGAGAACGGCGAUCUUCUUGAUUUCACGUUGAAGAAUGGAGCUGUGGAUGAAGGUCAAGCACGAGUUUGGUUUAGGCAAUUGUCUUUAGGCCUGCAGUACCUCCACGAAAUGGAAAUAGUCCACCGCGACAUAAAAUGUGAGAAUGUUCUCCUGACAGCCAAUAAUAACGUGAAAUUAACGGAUUUUGGUUUCGCACGUUAUAUAAUCGACUCAAGAGGUAAAAGAGUCCUGAGCGAUACAUUCUGCGGUUCCCUGAUGUACGCUGCGCCGGAAAUUCUGCGAGGAGCUCCAUACAAUCCAAAAGCGGCAGAUAUGUGGUCCCUCGGGGUCAUCCUCUACAUAAUUCUCAAUAAAGCCAUGCCAUUCGAUGAGCCGAAUCUUAAAAAAUUAUACGAAAUUCAGACCAAUCGCAGGUGGAAGUUCCGGAAGAAAGUGGCUGACAGUCUCAGUGAGCAAGUGAAAAAGUUGGUGACAAAUCUUUUGGAGCCAGAAGUUACGAAACGUUGGACUGCGGAUCAGAUUAUUCACGACAGCUGGAUUGCCAUGGAUCCGAGAUUAGUCGUCAUGACACCUGCGGAACAAGCAGCUCUCAAUAAUGCUAUUGAGGAUCGAAAGAAGAAUGAAGAGAAAUUCAGAAGGCAAUCGUUGCAUAGAGACGAUCAGUAUCCACAAAAAAAAGAGUCGAUAGGUGAAGGCUCGAAGGUUGAAGAAGUCACCGUGCUCAGGGAUUCUAGAAAAAAAACUCUGAGUGCUUCCGCUAUCGAUAAUAGAAGUCUUCCGCGAACUUCCGACAUGAAUCACCUGGGGAGUAUAAUCGGAUAGUUGUAAUGAUUUAAUAGUAUAAGAUUUUGGAAAGAGAACAUAUGAAAAAAUGAGAGGGAAUUAUGAAAGAAUGCCAUGAAGACUGGGAUUUUAUGAAGAGAUAUUCUGGGGCUCUGGACAAUGCUAUUGAGGAUCGAAAGAAGAAUGAAGAGAAAUUCAGAAGACAAUCGGUGGAUUAUAAACUCUCGUAUUUAUUCAUUCGGAAUGCACAUUAUAUUACAUUUUGAAUUAAUACUUUCAAUCGCUCAUACUUGUAUAGAGAUGGUAGGUGAAGGCUUGAAGGUUGAAGACGUCACCACGCUCAGAGACUCUGGAAAAAAGUAAUAUUUA